GAUCAGUUGAAAUUAACCUUCUAAUAAACAUCCAGUCGCCCUAUAGUGCAGAAAAUCUUAACAUGAUUUUACUAACGAUAUUUUUAAUACUGAUUAUUUAUUUUGUUAUUGACUACAUAAGGAUAUUAAAUUAUUGGAAAAAUAAAAAUGUGAAAUAUUUAACCCCGGUGCCUUUCCUUGGAAGUUACACCAAAUUGGUGUUCCAAACUCAGAGUUUUUUGGAUAUCAUUCAGGAGAUGUACAAAAAAUUUCCAAAAGAAAGAUAUGUGGGUGUUUACCAAUUUACCCAGCCAGUCCUGAUGGUUAGAGAUCUUGAACUAAUCAAAAAAAUUACAAUUAAAGAUUUUGAUAGUUUUUUGGAUCAUCAUAAUGUUUUUAAGGAGGAUGUAGAUCCCCUAUGGGGUAAAAAUUUAUUUGCAUCAGAGGGAGAAAGAUGGAGGAGUCUUCGCCAAACUCUAAGCCCAGUUUUUACCAGCAGCAAAAUGCGUAGGAUGUUCAAACUGAUGGAUGAUGUUUCCAUAAAAUAUGUUCAACACAUCAAAAACCAUGACGAAGAAGUACCAGAAUUUGAGGCUGCCGAUUUUUUUUCAAAAUUCACCAUGGAUGUUAUUGCCACUACCGCUUUCGGACUUGAAUGUAAUUCUCUGGAGGAUGAGGAGUUUCUAACUCAAGGAAGAAUUUUGACUGAUUUUUCAGGACUUAAGAAGUUUAAGAUCUUUUUGGCGGGUGUACAUCCUGUUAUACUCAAGGCACUGGGAAUUAAAGUAGUUGACGAUAGACCAGGAACUUACUUCAGGAAAAUAAUAAUGGAAACUAUGGAAUACAGAGAAAAACACAACAUAAUAAGGCCCGAUUUGGUGCAUCUAUUAAUGGAAGCCAGAAAGGGAAAACUUAAAUUUGAAGAGGAAACUGAAGUAAAUGCCUCCUUUUCUCAAACUAAAGAAUACAACGCCGGAAAUACCAAAACAUUAAGAAAAAUUGAUUUGGACGAUGAUGAUAUUACUGCACAGACGUUGGUAUUCUUUUUUGGAGGAUACGACACUGUCAAAAUUCUUAUGGUAUUCAUGUUGUAUGAACUUCUUAUGAAUCCCGAAGUUCAGGAUAAGCUAAGGAAGGAAAUGAUGGCUUUGCGUGAAAAAAAUGAGGGAAAAGUUACUUAUGAAGAACUGCUUGGAUUAAAAUAUUUGGACAUGGUAGUUUCAGAGACCUUAAGGUUAUGGCCGAUCGCAGCAUUUAUCGACCGGGUCUGUAACAAAGAGUAUACCAUUGAACCGGAAAACCCUGGAGAGGAAAAAUUGGUUUUAGAAAAGGGAAUCAGUGUAAUGGUUCCAGUAGGUGGCAUACAAAUGGACCCAAAGUACUGGCCAAACCCGACAAAAUUCGACCCGGAAAGGUUCAACGAGGAAAACAAGCACAAAAUUCAACCCAACACUUAUUUACCCUUCGGUGUUGGUCCCAGGAACUGCAUUGGUUCCAGAUACGCGCUCGUAGAUACCAAAGUUUUUUUUUACCAUUUGAUGACCAAUUUUGAGAUAGUAACAACAAGAAAUACCAAAUUACCUGCUGAAUUAUUGAAAAAUGAAAUGAACCUGAAAAUAAAGGGCGGUCUGCAUUUUGGUUUGAAAAAACUGAACGAGAACUGAAAUUAUAUUCUACAAUUUUCAUAAAUAUAUUUUUAAUAAAAUAAAAUAAAAUUUGGUAAGUUUAA